UUAGUCCCACCCUCACCACCGUACAAGUCCCUCAGCCUAAAGAACCAAUUGUGGGCCUGUCACCUAGGAGAAAAACCAAAAGUCAAAACUUUUCGUUUAUUGAUUCAUAUCGCGGUUUUUGUUGGGGAUCGGUUCUAACUUGUGUUCAUUCUAUUUUCAAGUCGCUUGUAGAAACAAAUGUAUGAAUUUACUUGUUGGACAGGAUGGAAAAUGUGACAGUGUAAUAGUUUAAUUGUGAUUUUUUGAGUUUCAAUGGGUACUACAUGUGUAGGAAAUAGUGCUCUAGUUUUCAAUCGCUUCUCGACAAUAAAGCUGGGUAAGGUUCUAGCACAUCGGCCGACCGAGGAAAAUGAUGCUGAUUCAUUUGGCAUCACAUCACCAGCACAUGUCAUCAGCGCUAAUAGCAAAGCUUCAAUCGUCGACGAAAGGGUGGUCACUAUAGGGGCCUUCGACGGGUCGGGUCAAGGUCCCAAGCAAUAAAAUCCGAACGUACGUAUAUGUGCUCCACUCGCAAAUUAUGGGAAAUUGCUUCAAAGGAUGCCUUUCGGAGGAGAAUCAAACGCGCAAUCGGAAUGUGGCUGCUAGUGAUAGCCAGUAUGAGAUGCUGGUUGAAGGAAGUUCAGAACAACAAGUUAAACCUAAUAAAAUCAAACAAAAAAAAAAACCCAAACUGUUCGGAAACUUUUGGCGACGAAAAGGAGAUGUGGAGUACUCAAGACUGAAUAAAUCAAACAAUAAUUUUAUAAGCAAGAGUAAUCAUAAAGACCAUCAGAAAUCAGGAUCAGAAAUUCAACUGCAGUGCCUCGAUGCACACUCGCUUCUGCUUGUGUCGAAGGAUAGCAAUACACGAAGAAAUGGAUAUCAUGAUCUCAACACUGACGUCACUUCAACCCCUGGCAGCUCCCUGGACCUGGAAUGGGAAAACGAUUACGGAUAUCAGAACAGUCAAUGGCCAUUACGACCAAUCGAUGAUCAGCAAUUACCAUACCCAACACCAAUGGACCCAGUAUUCAAAGUGGAAGAAUGGUGCAUUCUGAAGAAAAGCAAAGACCGCAUCAACUCCCUCAGACGGUUGGAUCGAGCUUCAUCGUUUCGCGUUCAGGACAGUGGAAAUGGGGCGAACGAUGCCGGAGUCCAUCCACUGUCCAGCGCCGGUGCAAAUGGGUCCGGUAUCAUUGGGACACCAUCGAUUGUGAGCUGUGGUUCAUACGCUUCCUCAUCACACAUAUCAACGCCGGAGGAUUCACUCGAAUGGGACAUCGACCAGGAUCGGCAGCUGAAAUCAGAGAACGAAUCGCUAGAUCUGGAGACCAAAGAACUGUUGCUGGAAAUCGAACAGCUGAAGAAUCGCGUUCUCAACGAGACUGGUGCUAACUUGAAUGAUCUGAAAUACGACGAAUCAAUUAGUUGAUUCCGCCUACGAGGCUGAUAAUGGCUUGUCUAUACUGGGGACCGAUCGGGGAAAAUGGGAUGGACCGAAAAUCAAACGAUUGACUUUAUAUAACCGUAGUAGAAUAAAAUAGAAGAAUACGUUGAAACCCAUUUUAGAACAGUGACUUGUCGUAAGACACAACAGAGUGUAACGUAAAUUUCAUAAGGAUUUGUUUCGAAAGAUAAUGCUGAACGAUUAGCACUAUUAUAACCUAUAUUUAUUGUAAAAUCUAUAUAAAUCCAAUUUAUGAGACAUUCCUUAGAUAUUAAUCAAACGAUAUAACGAACAAUGCAAAAUGAGAAUAAGUCAAAGAUUGGUUAUCGAAAGAAUUGUUGACACAUUGGGAAAUGUUUAUUUUUAAUGUACUGAAGGAAAUACAUUUUCCGAUUCUUGCUAAAUAGGGCAUUUAAAACAAAACAAACAAGGUGCAUAAUAAAUUCAGAACAGUGGAUAUCCAUGCCUCACAAUCAACA